ACUUUCCUCCCUCCGUUCCCGCCGGGUGUAGUGGCGUAGUCUUGCCGGUUGAGAAUACACAUCUUGUCUUCAGUCCCAUAUGCGCAUAAAUACGUAACCUACGUUUUUGUUGCCGAGUGGAAAGCGAAUCGAGACGGUGAACAGUUUGACACGACAAUUUGUCCCUCAUUUUGAUUAUCAUGUGAUUUGGUCAUCGGACACAAGGACAGAUUAAAUCAAUCACCAUGUGGCCGAGACUACUCGAUAUGGAGGAGAAGGAGUGCAGGAGCGUCUUGCGGAGGCUUGAACUGGAGGCCUACUCAUCCGUCAUUAGUGCCUUCAGGGCACAGGGUGACCUCACACCCGAGAAGAAAAGUCUUCUCAGAACUAUUGCAACCACCCUUAGUGUUUCCACAGAGAGGCAUAAAGCUGAAGUCCGCAGAGCUGUCAACGAUGAGAAACUGACAACGAUUGCCGAAAGGGUUAGCGGUGAGAAUAAUUCCAUGGAAUGGUCAUCAGAGGGUAGGAGACUAGUUCCUCUGACGCCGAGGUUCAUCCCUCAGACGGCAUACACGAUGACGGCCAAUCAGGUGGCUAAUAUGGCCCAUGCCCACAAUGCAUCGCUACCCGAUCCAGAGCAAACAGCCAAAAAAGAAGGAGAUGAAUCGAGAGCUUCAUCGGAUGGUUCCAGUGAAAGUAAAUACGUUGUACUUCCUCCGGGGACCGUCUUGCCAAAGUCAUCCCCCGAUCUUGAGCAGCUCGAUGAGUUGGCCAAACGGCGCCCUCCGUCAUCCUCGUCCUCGUAUUCCAGCAGCCCUGCCUCCUUCCUCAGCGCCCUGACCUCUGCUAAGCUCUCCUCGUCGUCGGAGGGAAGGUCAAAGGGUAGGGCGUCUAGCGGCAGCAGUGCGGCGCCCUCUACCAUGAAGAUCACCUUCACGAAAGUCGGAAGUGGAACCACUCCCACCAGCAGUCAAGCUGCACAGAAGCAAGUAAUAAUAAUGUCCAGUGGAAACACCGACCAGAUUCCGCCGGCAGAGAUGAUGUCUGUCCGCUCUCCAAGCUUCCCUCCAUCCAGUAAGGUUGCCAUGUCUGAAGGUCAUCCACCUUUCCAGAUGACUUACGAAGAUCAGUUGACGGGCGUGGUCACACCCUACCCUCCUGUGACCAAGCACCAUCGCAAGGGUUCUAAGCAUAAGAGCUCAAAGCCCUUUACCAUCAUCCAACAAAGCCCAAGUGCAGGUGUGGGCACCUUCACAAGCAGUGGUUACGGCACACAGGUUACCGGCAGUGGCAGUGGUGCACCGAUGGCAGUGGGGAGUAAGAGGGCUGGAACGGCACCACAGAGACCAGAACCUGGUAUGAAGUUAAUCACCCAGACGGUUGGUAGUGGCACCUCGUCAGGUAGAAUGUCUUCUAAGACUGUAACAGCAACCCUGUCAACACCGUCGGUUAGAACAACCACCAUAGGAGCUCAAGCACCAAGGAGCACAAUUUCCUCAGGCCCCCAGUCCACUAGUCUAGGAGCUAGGAACAUUGUGACGUCGCCUGGUCCGAGGAUUGUAACGGUCCCCGGUCAGAUGGGAGGGCGCCAUCCGUCUAGCAGCAGUAACGUUAUCACGCUGUCGCCCAUGUCACUUCAGAAGACAGCAGGGAAGAACACAGCCACAACUGUUGUCGUCACCAAGCCCGGUUCUGUAAUGCCCGGGAAGACAAACGUCAUUGUCGUUCAGAAAUCCCAGAUCAAAUCCAAGAUGAUCAGUACGCCACGUACCGGUGCCCCAGGGGUUGUGUCACACACCACGUCCGUUCUGACCCGUCCGAAGAUUGCCAUGACCAUGACUGGGGGUCUUGCAAGCAGCGUGUCGUCACCGAACACACCCACCUCCCCAGGUACCAUGGCUAUGCAUUCCAUCCGGUUCCCGUCGCCGCCGUCCUCCGCCCAGCAGAAGACUGUCCGUGGCCCGUCGCCCGUUUCCAUGUCAACCAUAAUGGGUGGAGUCUCCGGGCGUGGUCCAAGUGCCGGACAAGGAGGGAUGGGAGCAUUAGGCAAAAGUCAGGGUAUGGUACGAUCCAAGUCUCCCAUCGCCCAGAGUAUGUCCAUGCUCUCAGCCGAUCUCGAGCUACACAGCAAGGCCAAGGGUCAUAGGAGGUCAUCAGCGGGGUCAUUAGGUCAUGGAUCAUCCAAGGUCGUAGUGGAAGAGGUUCCUAGCAGUGUCAUGAGGAGUGCCAGCCUAGGUCGUGACCCCUCCCUAAUCUUCCAAUCCUCAGUCGGGAAGCCGAAUACAGAAUGGAUUGAUUACGAUGGGUCUCCUCCAGCCAGUCAAUCAGCUUCCUCGGCCAUCAAGGCCUUGCUUGAGAUUAGAGGGCAGCCUUUACCUCCUACUACUGCUGUGAAACAAGUUCCUUUCUCUGGAGUAUCACCGGGCCUCCCGACGUCCUCAAUGAGCAAACCAUCCUCGGUCACACGCCGAAUUCCGUCAUCAUCGCCAUCAUCGUCUUACAUCUCUGGCUCUGACAAUACCAAAGACCUCUCUCAGAGUCACAACGUAAUCACUGUAGACCCCAAGACGGCAUCGACAGCCGAACGCCUCGAAUUCUCAUCCGAUCAACUUUCGAGCGUCGUGGACCAGUUCGAGCAGUUCCUGGAGAGCGAGGAGGCGCUGGGGAGCGGGAAGCAGUCGUCCGGGGGAGAUCCCGCGUUGAAGUCGCCCGAACAAGGAGACCCAAAGAAGGUGGAGGACAGCUCUAAGAUUGAUCCGUUUGAGUUUGUAGAGGAGAUCAUCUCCAAGGAGUCCGAAUCGAGCGUGCCGUCCAGGUCAAAGGUCAACUAUGGGCAGGAGAUACCCAAAGCAGCAGUGAUGGACAGGGCGCAGGUCAUAGGUCAUAAGAUCACACCCCAGGUGACACCGACAGUAGCAGAGUCCGAUCAACCCUCGGUGACAAGCGUAGUGAUGGAAUCAGCAUCAUCCUUUGAUAUCACCCAAAUGAAUCUGGAGGAUCUCUCGUGUCAGAGGAUGAGGGAGGACGAGGACGACGAUGAGGAGGACGAUGACAAGAGAGAUGAUCUGGGAAGUUCCAGUGAAUUGAUGUCAUUCCUGGAUACCAGCAGUGGAGGGUCGGGCUCAGAGGGUGCUAUUGGUCCAGAUGGACUGCGGGUCAGCCGUCGGAAGCGGAAAGCGCCCACACCCAUCGACGAAGAGACAGGCCCAUCUAGCAUGCCAAGCUGGGCAAGAGCUGCAUGGAAUUUAUUGCAGAGAGUAAUGCGUUUCCGGGGUGCUAACCGACCCAAAGGAGGGAUCAACGCAGCGUCCUGGUUCACUAGACCUGUUGACCCUUCUGAGGCACCAGGAUAUCACAAGGUAAUAAAGAAACCAAUGGACUUUGGUACCAUCAAGAGAAAUCUAGAGGCUGCGACAUACCAAGACUUUGCCGAGUUCCACCAUGAUAUGAUGCUGGUGAGAGGGAACUGUUUGCAGUACAACCCUCCUGGGCAUGCAGCUAGAAGAGACUGUGAAGAAGUCUUUCAAUUCUAUUCUUCAGAGUACUCCAAGACACUUGAUAGAUGGCAAAAGCAACUUCUCUCGAUGCCAAAGUCCCCUAAGAGAAUACGAGCCGAUCCGCCAGCUGCACUGCAACCCCCAACACCAACACAGCAGCAGUGA